CAAAAACAGAGCGAGAGGGGCCAGAGACGCUCCGAGGCGGCGGCAGAGGCAGAGCAACGGGGUCGGGGCCGGCAGACCGGGGACCUGGGCGAGCGGCGGCGGUGGCCCGAGGGGUAAAAUACAAUCUCCCGGAGAAAACAAAGACAGGAAGGGAGCCCCCUUUCUGUGAAACGCGUGCUGUGUCCGCUGCGUUUGUCAAUUUGGUGCUGUUACGUACGUGGAAGGUUUUCUGCAAGAGCUUCAAAACUGUCUGCAGACGUCAAUAUCGCCCCUGUCCCCCAUGCCCUUGUGAGAACUGGCUUAGUAGCCAGCAACUGCGGAGUGUCUACAGAUGAUUAAAACUAUUAAAAAUGCAGCUAGGGGUGUGUGUGUGUGGGGGGGGGGGAAGGCUACUGCUUGUUUUUUAACUUGUAUUUUUACUGUUAAUUCUUAUAAUUUUGGCAUUCUUGUUAAUGUAAGCCUUUUUGGAAAACCACCAUAUGCUUUUUUAAAAAAGAUACCACUGAAGAUAUGUUGUAAAUUUACUUCUUGGUGUUUAUGCCCUUUAAUACCCUUCAUUAUCGGUUUCCUGAAUUCCUUAAUAUCUCAGCAGACAUCUGAAUUAUAAUUGGUUUUUCUAUAGUACUAAUGUGAAAAGAAAAAUAAUUGUUAGGACUGCAAAAACAAAUGCCCCUUGGAUAUUUUCUGUAGUGCUCACUUUUACAUUAUUGUGGUAGAAUGCUUUUAGCUGAUUUUAAGUUGCUAAUUAGCUGUGAUUGUAGCCCAGGAAUGAAUACAGGUAAUUUUCUAGUUAACCAAUGGUCUAAAUUUGGCUCCCCAAAAUGUCGAAGUAAUUUAUGAGGUGUUUCUCAGGAAAUAGAUUUUGGCCAGGGUGGGAGACUCGCUCUUUUACGGAACAUCUUGGCAGUUGAAUACUUCUGAUUGUAUGUUUCUGUGUAACACACUGGAGGAAACAAUAUUUAAUUUCUGCCGUCAUUUUUUUUCUAACAUGUGUGUGUAUUUUUCUUAUUGGAAAUUAAUGUUUUAUAAAGCUUAGUAUGAGGAACUGGGGUUUAGAUUUUUUUUUUUUUUUUUUUGCUUUACAUUUUCUUGUUUGAGGCAAGAAUCUUAAGGAUUCUUAAAUGGGGGGGAACCUACUACUUUGAAGAGAGUGAGAGCAUGAAACAUAUCUAUCCUCUAAACUCUUUUAAAACAUCUUUGUUACUAUCAAGUGUGACUUGAGUUCUUGAUGGGGUUAUCAUUGCCUAAAGAGAUAACGUGAGACCAUUUUUUUGUUAUGAUUACUUAAUACAUUAACUUAGUUAAGUUAUAGAUGAUAGUCAUUACCUGAUAAUUUUCUUUGCCUGACUCUCUUCUGUUUAAUAGUUUAAAAUAAUUACUAUUUUUAGUGGUUGGAAAGUACUGGGUUCUAGUCCUGGUUUUUCUACUGAGCAGCUGUCUCUCCUUGGACAGAUCACCUACCAUUUCUGAAUUUAAUUGUGUGCAAAGUGGAAUACCUACCUCAAGAUUGUCCUGUAAGGUUCUAAAGGAAGACUUUCAUUUGGUAAUUUGUUUAAUCAGUGCAAGUGAAAUUAAGGAACAAUGGAUGUAGAAAAUGAGCAGAUACUGAAUGUAAACCCUACAGAUCCUGAUAAUUUAAGUGACUCUCUCUUUUCUGGUGAUGAAGAAAAUGCUGGGACUGAGGAAAUAAAGAAUGAAAUAAAUGGAAAUUGGAUUUCAGCAUCCUCCAUUAAUGAAGCUAAAAUUAAUGCCAAGGCAAAAAGGCGACUACGGAAAAACUCAUCCCGAGACUCUGGCAGAGGCGAUUCGGUCAGUGAUAAUGGAGGCGAAGCCCUUAGAAGUGGAGUAACUGUGCCAACCAGUCCUAAGGGACGGUUGCUAGAUAGGCGAUCCAGAUCUGGGAAAGGAAGGGGACUACCAAAGAAAGGUGGUGCAGGAGGCAAAGGUGUUUGGGGUACACCUGGACAGGUGUAUGAUGUAGAGGAGGUGGAUGUGAAAGAUCCUAACUAUGAUGAUGACCAGGAAAACUGUGUUUAUGAAACUGUAGUUUUGCCUUUGGAUGAAAGAGCAUUUGAGAAGACUUUAACACCAAUCAUACAGGAAUAUUUUGAGCAUGGAGAUACUAAUGAAGUUGCGGAAAUGCUGAGAGAUUUAAAUCUUGGUGAAAUGAAAAGUGGAGUACCAGUGUUGGCAGUGUCCUUAGCAUUGGAGGGGAAGGCUAGUCAUAGAGAAAUGACAUCUAAGCUUCUUUCGGACCUUUGUGGGACAGUAAUGAGCACAAAUGAUGUGGAAAAAUCAUUUGAUAAAUUGUUGAAAGAUCUACCUGAAUUAGCAUUGGAUACUCCUAGAGCACCACAGUUGGUGGGCCAGUUUAUUGCUAGAGCUGUUGGAGAUGGAAUUUUAUGUAAUACCUACAUUGAUAGCUACAAAGGAACUGUAGAUUGUGUACAGGCUAGAGCUGCUCUGGAUAAGGCUACCGUGCUCCUGAGUAUGUCUAAAGGUGGAAAGCGUAAAGAUAGUGUGUGGGGCUCUGGAGGUGGGCAGCAAUCUGUCAAUCACCUUGUUAAAGAGAUUGAUAUGCUGCUGAAAGAAUAUUUACUGUCUGGAGACAUAUCUGAAGCUGAACAUUGCCUUAAGGAACUGGAAGUACCUCAUUUUCACCAUGAACUUGUAUAUGAAGCUAUUGUAAUGGUUUUAGAAUCAACUGGAGAAAAUACAUUCAAGAUGAUUUUGGAUUUAUUAAAAUCCCUUUGGAAGUCUUCUACCAUUACUAUAGACCAAAUGAAAAGAGGUUAUGAGAGAAUUUAUAAUGAAAUUCCGGACAUUAAUCUGGAUGUUCCACAUUCAUAUUCUGUGCUCGAGCGAUUUGUAGAAGAAUGUUUUCAGGCUGGAAUAAUUUCCAAACAACUCAGAGAUCUUUGUCCUUCAAGGGGCAGAAAGCGUUUUGUAAGCGAAGGAGAUGGAGGUCGUCUUAAACCAGAGAGCUACUGAAUAUAAGAACUCUUGCAGUAUUAGGUGUUAUAAAAAUAUAUAUCUGAAUUGUAAGAGUUGUUAGCACAGGUUUUUUUUUUGUUUGUUUUUUUUUUUUUAAGCACUUGUUUUGGGUACAAGGCAUUUCUGAAAUUUUAUAAACUUACAUUUAAGGGGAAUUUUUAAAGGAAAUGUUUUAUUUGAGGGGGAAAGGAGGAACAGAAAAGUAACCUUUUCUUAAGUGGAAUAUUCUAAUAAGCUACCUUUUGUAAGUGCCAUGUUUAUGACCUAAUCAUUCCAAGUUUUGCAUUGAUGUCUGACUGCCACUCCUUUCUUUCAAGGACAGUGUUUUUUGUAGUAAAAUCACUGGUUUAUACAAAGCUUUAUUUAGGGGGUAAAGUUAAGCUGCUAAAACCCCAUGUUGGCUGCUGCUGUUGAAAUACUGUGCUUUGGGAGUCAAAAAAAAAAGUUAUUUCUUUGUCUUAAAGAAUUAAAAAAAAAUGAGUUAGUCUUGAGACUUAUUCAUCUUUCCAGGGAACAUAUUGAUUGGUCUUAAAGACUAGACAGUUAAGUAAAUGGUGGCUGGAACAUCUAUUUUUCUACAAAACUGGAAAAAUGAACCUGGUUUGAGAAGAAUGUACAACAAAAUAAAACAUGUGAAGCAGU